AUGGCUCCUGUUGUCGUCAAGAAGAUCUGCUGCAUUGGUGCUGGAUAUGUCGGCGGUCCUACCUGUGCUGUCAUCCCCAACAUCCAGGUCACCAUCGUCGACCUCAACAAGGCGCGUAUAGACGCGUGGAACUCGGACAACCUGCCCAUUUAUGAGCCCGGGUUGGAUGAGGUCGUCAAGGAGGCGAGGGGGCGCAACUUGUUCUUCUCGACUGAUGUCGAUAAGGCGAUCGAGGAGGCUGACCUCAUUUUCGUCUCAGUCAACACCCCCACCAAGAAGUCCGGUAUCGGAGCGGGAUUCGCCGCGGACUUGAACUACCUCCAGUUGGCUACUCGCCGGAUUGCCGAGGUGUCCACUUCCAGCAAGAUCGUCGUAGAGAAGUCGACUGUGCCGUGCCGGACUGCCGAUGCUAUGCGCACCAUCCUCGAGGCCAACUCGAAGCCCGGAUGCACAUUCGACAUUCUCUCCAACCCCGAAUUCCUCGCCGAGGGCACCGCCAUCGCCGACCUCUUCAACCCGGACCGAGUCCUCAUCGGCUCCCUCCAGACCGAAUCGGGUCUCUCGGCCUGCGGAUCCCUCGCCGCCGUCUACUCGAACUGGGUCAAGAAGGACCAGAUUCUCACUGUCGGUCUGUGGUCCUCGGAGCUCUCCAAGCUCGCGGCCAACGCGAUGCUCGCGCAACGUAUCUCGAGUGUCAAUGCCCUGUCGGCGAUCUGCGAGGCGACCGGCGCCAACAUUGACGAGGUCGCUUAUGCCGUCGGCAAGGACACACGGGUGGGACCCAAGUUCCUCAAGGCCUCUGUUGGCUUUGGUGGAUCUUGUUUCCAGAAGGAUAUCCUCAACUUGGUGUACCUCUCGGAAUCCCUCCACUUGCCGCACGUCGCCAAGUACUGGCGUGCCGUCGUUGAGAUGAACGAGUACCAGAAGGACCGAUUCGCCCACAAGGUCGUCGAGACGCUGUUCAACACCAUCACUGGCAAGAAGAUUGCGAUGCUCGGUUGGGCGUUCAAGAAGGACACGGGUGAUACCCGUGAAUCCCCGGCUAUCUCGAUCGCCAACCACUUCUUGUCGGAGAAGGCACGGAUCACGAUCUAUGAUCCUCAAGUGGGAGAAGACCAGAUCUGGCUGGAUCUUACCGAUUACGGAGCGAUCCCGGCUGAGCCUAUCAAGCCGAACGUGUCGAUCCAGAAAUCCGCGGAGGACGCUUGCAAGGGCGCCGAGGCUAUUGUGGUCUGCACCGAGUGGGACGAGUUCAAGACUCUUGAUUGGGAGAAGAUCUACGCCAACUGCCCCCGUCCCGCGUUCGUCUUUGACGGCCGGCUCAUGCUCGACCGCAAGAAGCUGCAGAAGAUUGGGUUCACGGUCGUUACUAUCGGCACUGGCGACCGGGUCUAG